AUGACAGGCUGGGUGGGUUCUGCUCACCAGGGAAGCAGUAAAAAGAAGUGGCGCCAAAAGCCACGAUUUUUGGUUUCAACUGACCAGGUUCCAGGGAAUGAGGCUGAUGGGGACCGUCCGUCUAUAACGGCGGUUGAGGAAGGUAGAGUAGCUGAAUGGGGUACUAAAAAGGGAAUGGAAACGCAGAGCUUGGAGCUGUCUACUUCUCUGCUAAAAAAGUUCAGGGGUCUUGGUAUAGAGGAGACUAGUAAAGUGGUGGAACGGGCUUUUCUUGCGGAGGAAGAGAGUCGGGAAGUCCCAUGUAAGGCUCGUGACAUGAGGGAAUUAUUGGAGGAUGUCUCGGAAACUGACCAGGAUCAGAGUUUGGUAAACAAGAUAUGUGGUGGGGAUUUUAAUGAGUACAUUUGGGCUUAUAAAAAGUCUGGAGGGGUUGAGGUAUUGUAUAAUAGGCCCAGGUAUUUGGAGGAUUUCAUGAAUUCUUCGAAUUUGUUUGAUUUGGGCUUCAAUGGGUCGGCUUUUACUUGGCGAGGAUUGAGAUAUGGGGAUUGGGUGGAUGAAUGGCUUGAUAGGGUCCUUGUUAAUGAUUUAUGGCAGGACCUUUGGCCUAACUCCACUGUUACGCAUUUCCCUCUCAUAAUUAAGUCUGAUUUGGAUGGUCCGAAAGGAAGGAAGCUUUUUAGGUUUGAGGCUUUUUGGGCUAAGGAGGAGGAGUGUCAGAAUUUGGUUCGUACCUGUUGGGAGCACAGGCAGCACGGUGAUGUUUUGUUGAAUUGGGGGAGAAAAUUAAAAGCUUGCCGAUCUAGUUUGUGUCGCUGGAGCAGUACCAAGUUUAAGAGGCGGGGCCUUCAAAUUCAAGAUCUCCUUGCUCAAUUAGAUGAUCUCCAGAGGGAUUGGGGUCUAAACCAAGAUGUGAUAAGGGACAAAUCUCAAUUAAGUGAUGAUCUAAGGGCGCAGGAAGAAAGUUUUUGGUGUCAGCGUUUUAGGGUCAAAUGGUUGCGAGAUGGGGAUGCUAAUACUAAGUUUUUUCAUCAUUUAACUUUGCACCGGCGUCGUAGGAACACCAUUGUGAAGCUUAAGGAUGAGGAUGAGUGUUGGGUAGAGCAUCCUGAUCAGGUUCGUCACUUGGUGGAGAAUCAUUUUGUUGACAUUUUCAGCUCGGCUGGGUCUCGGAACUGGGGUUCCUUAUUGGACUGGAUCUAUCCUGUGGUUUUUGAUGCUAUGAAUAUGGUUUUGGUUGCGCUGGUUUCGGAUGACGAAAUUAAGGAGGCAGCCCUGGAAAUGGGGUGCUUGAAGGCUCUUGGCCCGGACGGAUUCCAAGGGGUAUUUUACCAGUCUUUUUGGGAGACUGUCAGGGCGGAUGUUUUAGCUUUGGUUAAAGCUCUGAUUCAGGACUCUACCAUCCCAGGUACUCUGAAUGAUACUUAUAUUGUUCUUAUCCCAAAGGUUGCAAAUCCUGAAUCUGUUUCACAAUUCAGGCCUAUCAGUUUAUGCAACUAUUCUUACAAAAUUCUGUCAAAAGUUAUCACCAAUAAACUGAGAGUGUUACUGCCGACCAUUAUUUCUCCUUCUCAGAAUGCUUUUGUGGCGGGGAGGAAAGCAAAGAAUAAAUUUGAGUUGGGCAUUAAACUUGAUAUGCAGAAGGCUUAUGAUAGGGUUGAAUGGGAUUUUCUGGAGGCAGUUAUGGAAAAGAUGGGGUUCUGUCCGAUGUGGAGAAAGCUUAUCAUGGGCUGUGUUAAUUCGGUUCAGUUUAAUGUUCUUCUAAAUGGGCAACCUGGGAAUAAGACCUAUCUGGGGGUUCUUGCUAUUUGGCGACGGUCCAAGAAGCGGGGCCUUUCUUAUGUGAAGAGGCAAAUUCUAGAGAAAAUGCAAGGCUGGAAACAAAGUUCUUUGUCCCGAGCCGGAAAAAAGGUGUUGAUUAAGGCUGUUGUUCAGGCUAUUCCUGCUUACCCUAUGAGUAUUUUUAAAUUCCCUGCCAUUGUUUGUCAGGAACUUGAUUCUUUGGUGGCGGAUUUUUGGUGGGGUAACAAGGAUGGAGCUCGCAAAAUACAUUGGGUUUCCAAGGAUGUUUUGGGUCUUCCAAAAGACUUAGGUGGAUUGGGCUUUCAGAAUUUCCAGGAGUUUAAUGAUGCUUUGUUAGCUAAACAAUGUUGGCGCUUGGAAGCAACGAAAGGUGGUCAUGCUUCUUGGGCCUGGUCUAGUAUUAUCACGGGAAGGGAUUUGCUUAAACUUGGUUCCCAUUGGCAAAUUUUGGAAGGUCAGGAUGUGCAGGUGUGGGUGAAUAAGUGGUUACCGUCUCUGCCUUUAGGUUAUCCUCUGCCUCUUGGGUCGGUUCCGGUUACCUCUGGUUUGCAUGUGAGCUCACUUAUUUGUUCGGUUUCUAGGAGGUGGGAUCUUAAUUUCCUCCUGCCUUUCCUCUCGGAUACGGAUAAAAAGGCUAUUGAGGACACUCCAAUUGGUGAUUUGAGUCACAAGGACCGGAUUAUUUGGGGAUGUAGUAAGAAUGGUAUUUACACGGUCAAGUCGGGUUACCGGUGGAUUCAAAGUAGAUCGCUUGCUUUGAGGGAUAAUCAGCUUUCUACUGCUCGUGGGGUUCCUUCGAGGUUAUGGAAGGCUAUCUGGAAGCUUGAGGUGCCUUCGAAAUUGCGCCAUUUUCUAUGGCUCACUUUGCACAAUUGCCUUCCUACUUGUACGACCCUUUUUCGCAGAAGGUCCUCCAUUUCCUCUACCUGUCCUAUUUGUCUUUGCCAUGAUAAGACUAUUGAGCAUCUUUUUCUUAAUUGUUCGUGGGUUGAGCCUAUUUGGUUUGGAGGUGCCCUGAACUACAAAAUUAAUCGUGAUGCUAUUCACUCUUGGGUGGAUUGGUUAAAGGAUGUGUGGUCUUCUUCCUUUGCGUCCUCUACCCAUGCUAAGUGGAUGUGGUCUUAUAUUGCUUAUACCUGUUGGUUUAUUUGGAAGACUCGCUGUGACUUUAUGUUUAAUAAGGUGCCCACUAAUCCUUCUAAAGUGUUGUUUGCUUUAUCUACGGCUGUGGGCUCUUUCUUGGCUUCGAAAGAUAUUUUGGGAGUGUCCAGGUCGGAGGGAUCUGGUAAGGUGGGGCAUGCUUCGCGUUGGUGUGCUCCUACCUUUCCUUUCAUCAAGAUAAAUGUUGAUGCUAGUUGGUCAAAGGUUUCAAAGUUGGGUUUCGCUGGGGUGGUUAUGCGGGCUGCGGAUGGGAGGUUUGUUGCUGCUGCAAGGUACCUUCUUUCUGCUCCCUCGGCUGCUGCAGCUGAGGCUUUAGCUUUGCUUUGUGGUUAUGAAUUGGGUGCAGCUUUGGGUAUCAAUGCUCUGAUUAUUGAAUCUGAUUCUCUUGAUGCUAUUAAUUGUCUAUCUGGUUCUCUAGAGAUGGGCAGUUGGGAGUCUUUCCCUGUGUUGGCUCAGGUCAAACAGCUUGGGGAGGCCUUCCAAUUAUGUCGCUGGUCUUGGGUACCUAGAUCAGCUAAUGGUGCGGCGCAUGAGCCGGCGUCGGUUGGUUUUACGGAGAUGAGUGAUUAUGUUUGGGUCGAGCGGCCCCCAUCUUCGUUGAUCUUUGUUUUGAACAAUGAUGGGCUCACGUGUCCUCAUUGA